ACAUGCUUAAACUAAAACACAAUCUCGAUCAUAUUGCUAAUUCGGUUUGUUGAGCAAACUGAUUUUUGAUGAAAAUAAUUUCUCAUUUUAGAAGGAAAUGUUUUAGAGAAUGUAUACAAUGAAGAGAACUAUGUGUCUUCAAAAUUUCACGGAGAAAUGUUUUGGUAUCAUUCAAUUGUGUUCGAUUGUUAAUACAAUAUACAAUGACACCAUUUCACCAGGCAAAGACUGCAAGACCUCCAUAGAAGGGUUGGGAUACACAGGGAAUUUAUCCAUCACUGUGAACGGUAGGGAGUGUCAGAGAUGGGACAGUCAGAUUCCGCACAGCUAUUCCUAUACCAAGUAUUUCCAAGGGAACGUGAGCAUGCAUGAAAAUUAUUGCAGAAACUCCAAGACUUCGGGGUCGGAAGGUCCCUGGUGUUAUACGAUGGACAUCAACACAAGAUGGGAAUACUGCGAUAUUCCAAUUUGUGAAUGCAAGAGCACGGCAAAGGGCAGUGAAUACCGAGGGAAGAUUUCACAUACUGCUAGUGGAAAGGAAUGCCUUCGAUGGGAUCUCUCAUAUGAAUUCAUGUAUCCGACGAAUGAAAACUCCAGUCUACAUGAAAAUUAUUGCAGGAAUCUGAAAGGAGUAAAAGACAUGCCGUGGUGCAUCACUGAAUCGUCUGCUGUUCACUGGGAGUAUUGCAACAUACCAUUGUGCUUUAGGAAAAAGGACUGUAAAGACACAGAACAGGGUAUGGAAUAUGAAGGAACGUUAGAUAGAACAAGGGAAGGGAUCUCUUGUCAGCGCUGGGACAGCACGUAUCCACAUGUUCCUAACAGAAAAUUGAAAUUUGAGAGGUCAACGAUGUCAGCGCAGGAAAACUACUGUAGGAACCCGGAUGGUGCAUCUGAACCAUGGUGUUACACCGUGGAUCCCGAUAUUCGAUGGCAGUACUGUCAUGUGCCAUUUUGUUUGAAUGCAACACUUCAGUGUUAUUUUGCUAAAGGAUUUUGUGACGUAAAGCAACUAAAUGAUGUUUCAAUGAGGUGGGAAUUGAGAGAAGCAGGAAUGGUUUUCAGGAAGAAUUCAUCAACAGAACGUUUGUUUCCAACCAUGGCGUUUCCGACUUUACUUCCCAUGAAGACUGGUAGUUGCUUAGAAUUGAAAUACAAAAGCAAGGGUUUUCAGCUGAUGAUAGCAACUGCUUCACAAAAUCUAACAAUUCUUUCAGAAAGCAGUGAGUUUAAGACCGCAAAAGUCAACAUAAGACCUCAACCUGGAAAUUAUCAGUUAUUUAUAUCUCCAAUUCCUAUGUCUCCUUAUGGCUCUAUAUCGGUCAUUGAAUAUUUGAGUGUUCAGGAUGAGCCUUGUAAAGAUUGCUUUGCUUGCCUUGGUGAUGGUUUAUGUAUUGAAAAUCAAGGAUUUUGUGACAUGAGCAAAGACUGUCCUGAUUACUCUGACGAGAAAAAUUGUGCGCUUGAGUGUUAUCACGAGGGCAAGUAUAUAGGAUUUCGAAAAGAAGCAAAGUCUCUGCGCCGAUGUAUAGAGACUUUACUGAAAACUUGUACGCCUGCACCGGAACUAUUUGGCGCUGAUUUACCAGGAUGCUUUGUGAGCAAUCAUUUGGAAUGGGAAUUCUGUAGUAUACCAGAAUGUGGAAGUGGAAGUUUGAAUUGUGACUUCAACAGUGAUUUAUGCGAUUGGAAGGAGAUGCAAACUGGGAUGAAAUGGAAACUUCAAACAUCAGAAUCGUCUGGUGAAAGGUUUGCUUUUUCUGGAGGAAACAUUAAAUUCAAUGGAAGUAUGGAGAACAAAUCGGUACUAUACAGCGCCAUUCAGCCCGCAUCGUCAGACCUAGGAUGCAUCACAGUGACGUACAGCGGUACAAAUAUUCAUUUUAAAGUUUUCAUAACGAAUGGCACGAUUGAAGACCCCAGUGAUCUAGUCUUUCAUCAACGAAACGUGGACACUAACCAUUUUGUCAGCACGAGCUUUCAGACUCCCACCGAUACUCCGUACAUGGUCAUAAUUGUUGUGGAUUUCCUUCAAAAGACGCCUGGUAUCAUACGACUUAGCAAAACAAUCUACGAAAAAGGAAUCUGUAAAGAUAAGAGUCCAUGUCAAAAAACUGAAUUUCAAUGCGAUGACGGGAGUUGUAUCAAUGUUGACCAGUUUUGUAAUAAAGACAUUGAUUGUCCAACUGGAGAGGAUGAACAGUCUUGUCAAAGUAGCCAACCUGUUUGUCUUCUGCCAAAAUGUUCUCUACCAUGUCCUCCAACUUGUAAAUGUCGAGGAGCAAUUUUCAAGUGCAGUACACUCACAAAUGUCCCCAAAGAAGCUAGAGUACUGGAUCUCAGUUCCCACACCUUUCAAAUGUGGAAAUUAACAAACUUCAGUUUUCUUAUACAUCUAAAUAUUUCCAGGUGUUUCAUAAAAGACGAUUCUUUGUCAAAUCUGGGAAAUCAUCUUCAGUCAUAUAACCUUCAAAAUUUAGAUCUCGCAUUUAAUAAGAUUCGUUAUUUACAAAAGAAAAUGUUUGAUGGAUUGCCAAAUUUACGAUACCUUAAUGUCUCUAACAAUAAAAUGAAAAUAUUGUACUUGGAUUUUAUCGAAGAAGUACAAAAGCUACGAUAUUUGACCAUUAAGAAUAGUGGUAUCGAGAUUAUUUACGGAAAAACGAUGAAUAAUCAAUUUAACGUUAGUCUUGAGGAAUUAGAUUUGAGAAAUAACAAUAUCAAGGAGAUAAAGCCCAAAUCCUUACAUUGGUUAGGAUCUCUGUCUAAAAUAAUUUUGAGCAAUAAUUCAAUAACAAACACUGAUAACUAUUUUUCAAGCUCGAUGGAGACAUUAUUUGAACUGGAUUUAAGCUGCAAUUCUAUAAAAAGAAUCACAAAUAGUAUGUUUUCUGGAUUAGGUAGAUUGAGAAAACUAAACUUAGAAAGGAACAAAAUAGACCGUUUGGGAGAUUUCUCAUUCUCUACUCUGGUCUCUUUAAUAACGUUAAAUCUUGCUUCCAAUGAAAUAGAAAUGAUAAGCAGAAUGGCAAUGGAGAAUAUGAGGUUAUUAAAAAAAUUGAAUCUUACUGGAAAUAAAUUAAAGACACUUCCUCCCACAAGAUUUGUGGCCUUGGAGAGUCUUCAGAUUUUGGACUUGUCAGACAAUGGAAUGAGAACAUUGAAGUUCGAUGCUUUUAAAAGACUUGGGGAAGUAAAGUUUCUAUAUAUACAGAACAACGAACUGACAGUAUCGAAAACUAUGUUCCAAGGACUUUGUAACCUUGAAUGGCUAUGGACCGAUUCCUACAUAAUAUGCUGUGCCAAACCGUUGACUGUAAAUGAUUCGAACUGUAUUUCCCCACGAGACCGAAUUUCCUCUUGUGAACAAUUGAUCAAUGUUGGAUUUUUAGCACAAAUGAUAUGGUAUAUGGCUCUUUUUUCGCUUGCUGGAAACCUUUAUGUUAUAUACUAUAGAAUUAGGAGUACUAUUGACAGAAGUACUACAUCACCAGGAAUGUUCAUAUUGAAUCUCAGUAUAUCCGAUUUUUUGAUGGGAUUGUAUCUCUUUAUCAUCGCAAUAGCUGAUUUGGAAUACCGAAAUAUUUAUGGAUUCAAUGACGAGAACUGGCGAUCUAGCACAAUGUGUAAUGUUGCUGGGUUACUUGCCACGAUUUCUAGUGAGGCAUCCGUGCUGUUUAUAUUUUUGAUAACAUUUGAACGAUUCAUAGCUAUCAAAUUUCCAUUUUCUUCCGGAUUGCUCAGAAAGAAGAAAUUAAAUAUUGGCAUUGCUCUAAUUGUAUGGAUUACUACCAUCGCACUAGCAGCGGUUCCUCUGUCCAUCUACCCUGACUUUUACAGCAGAUCUACUGUAUGUAUAUCUCUCCCUUUGACAGCAGAGAGGGUCCAUGGUUGGGAAUAUUCCACUUUUGUUUUCAUAGGAUUUAAUUUAGUGAUUCUUAUCGCCAUAGUGUUGGGACAGAUACUUAUAUUUUUAGAGGUGAGGCGAAUUGGAAAAUGCGUCCCACGCGACACCAUGAAGCGAGAGAUAUCUGUUUUUAAGUCUCUUUCAUAUGUUGUUUUAUCAGACACUUGUUGCUGGAUUCCAAUCAUAUUGAUAGGGCUUCUAGCACACGGAGGUGUGACUAUUUCGUCGGAUGCAUACGCAUGGGUUGUUGUUCUUGUUCUGCCAAUAAAUGCUGCAUUUAAUCCAUUUAUUUACACAUUCAGCAUGAUAUACAAGAAACAGAAAGUACAGAUCCAAAGCAGUCAGACAUCACUUAAGGGAAAGUAUGCGUUAUGUGAUAAGGAACUGAAGAAGCUCGAACCUAUCAAUUGAUGAGAUGUGGUUUUACAUAUGGCAAACAAAUACUAAUAGUAUACAAAAUAUUAUACGUAGCAAAUCUUUCCCGAUGAGAAGUUAAAUUACGUUACACCUACAGUGUAAUACAUUGUUUAGUAGGUUUAAAGUAACUCCAUACUUGCAUUGUUAUGGGUUUAAAAAAGAAAAAGUGUAUUAAUUUACUCUGGAUGCAAGGUGAAGAUAACGAACAGUGAUCAAUCUCAUAACUCCUACAAGCAAUACAAAAUAGAUAGUUGGGCAAACACGGACCCCUGGACACACCAGAGGUGGGAUCAGGUGCCUAGGAGGAGUAAGCAUCCCCUGUAGUUUAUUUUGAUCAAUCACCAAUGGAAACGUGUAUUUCACCAUCACUUUAAAGAUUACGGACAUACAUAAUCAGAGGUGUAUUUCAUUAGAGCACCUCAUAUUUCUGUUAUACAACAUAAAUGGGUCAAAAGUUGUCUGUCGUGUUUCUUACCAAUUAUUAGGCCGUUCUUUACACACUAAUUUUGACUGAGGAUAACUCCGUUUAUGUGAUCAAGAUAUACAUGUAGGGCGUAACAGGGCUCGCGGUGGGUUUGACUGGUCAACAGGGGUUGCUUACUCCUUCUAGGCACCUGAUCCCACCUCUGAUAUAUCCACGGGUCCGUGUUUGCCCAAAUCUCAGUUUGUAUUGCUUAUAGGCGUUAUGAGAUUGAUCACUGUUAUCUUUACAUUUUUAUAAUGAAAAUGCAUAAAAACUGCUUAAAAUGACAAAGCAUUUAAUUUCAAAACACAGACUAAUUGUGGAUAUUGGGGAAAAUGCUGUAUUAGGAACACAAAAUGGAGAAAAUACCCACAUAACAUUUAUUGCCCUAGACAACACCUUUGAGGCAUAGAUCAUUGAGUAUCUAUAAAAAAUAUAAUUUUUUUCCAGAAUGAAAUAGUUCACCAAUUUUUUUUAUUGUCUCAGUGAAUAAAAUUUCUAUAAAAGGUAUACAUACACGUGUAUGUAUUUAUAUGAUUUUGCAGAAACUUAUGACGUCACAUGAGGGUGGAAUUUUCUGAUUUAUGCUAAUUAUAAUAAAAUCAAAUGUCGAAACUUUAAAAGUAAAAUAUUGAUCACAUUGUCUUUGAUUUCGUUAUAUUCAUAAUGAUAGAUAUAAGUGAUAUUAAUAGAACCAUACCGGGAGUAAUAUUGCAUGAAAAGUGAAGAUAACGAACAUUGAUCAAUAUCAAACUUCUACAAAGAAAACAAAAUUAAUAGUAGGGUAAACACCGACCUCUGGUCAUACCAGAGAUGGGACCAUUUGUCUAUGAGGAGUAAGUAUUCCCUGUUAACCGAUCACACCCACUGGGAGCCCUGUAUCUUGAUCUGGUAAAUGUAGUAAUCCGUUUUCAAAAUAAGUAUGUACAGAAUGGUCGAAUUAUUGGUAUAAAACAUCUCGUACAGCAUUCGACCUCACGACAGAUUGUAUUUCGAAUAAGACCAAUCUAACGACCAUAAAAUUUGCGAAAUGCUGACUUAAACUAGACUGUUGAAACCUCUCUAGCAUCAACUUAUUUGCCAAUUUCAAAAAUUGAUCAUACGCAGAACAUGCUCUCGUGUAUCGAAUCAGUUGAUAGACAAAGACACCAUAUGCAGUUGAUAAUGGAGUAUUGUUACAUAGAUAAUGGAAGAAGACGGCGGGGAAGCUGAAGUCUUCCCGUUUGUCAUAAAGUUGAGUUUUCAAUUUCCCGUUACAUGUAUAUGUUCAAUAAAUUAUAUAAAUAUGAAGUAGAUAUGGAAGGCUCGGUGGAGUCGUGUUUUGAGUUCACUGGGAUAUAUCGAAUCAACAUAUAAAUGAAAAAUGGACAUCGUUAAUGAAUAAAACGUCGAUAUAUCUAUUUGUUGAGUUGAAUUGUAUCAUGAUUUCCCUUGUUUUGGCCUUGGUUCACUCCAUAAUAUUUACUUAUGCAUUUUCAAUGUUUUUGCCUUUGGUAUUUAACAAAUUGUAAUGAUAACCAUUGCCUCUGGAAUGCGCAGCAGUUGUAAACAUGACGCGUAUGAAUCUUGAUAAACAUUGUACGCAAAUUUUA